CUCAAGCUGUAGACGUGGGGCCGCGGCCACAGGCGGUUAGGGGCAGGGGUGUGAGUGCCGAGCAGGAGGCGGGGAUGGGGGGGCUGCGGCUGCUGGCGGUGGCCUUCACUUGCUGCUGGUGGCCACCCGGCAGCCAGGGUAAGACGCUGCGAGGCAGCUUCAGCAGCGCCGCGGCCCGAGACGCUCAAGGCCAGAGCAUCGGGCACUUCGAGUUCCACGGUGAUCAUGCUCUUCUCUGUGUCAGAAUCAAUGACAUAGCAGUAGCCAUUGGAAAGGAAGCUAAACUCUACCUGUUCCAAGCCCAGGAAUGGCUAAAGCUGCAGGAAAGUGGUCACGGUUAUAGUUGUAGCGAAAAAUUAUCCAAAGCUCAGUUGACAAUAGCCAUGAAUCAGACUGAACAUAAUCUGACAGUGUCUCAGAUUCCAUAUCCACAAAUGUGGCACGUGUUCUAUGCAGACAAGUAUACGUGCAAAGAGGACAAUGAGAAUUCUCAGGUGGAAGAUAUCCCAUUUGAAAUGAUGUUACUAAACCCGGAUGCUGAAGGGAAUCCAUUUGAUCAUUUCAGUGCUGGAGAAUCUGGGUUACAUGAGUUCUUUUUCCUCCUAGUCCUAGUGUACUUUGUGAUUGCUUGCAUUUAUGCGCAAUCAUUGUGGCAGGCUAUUAAGAAAGGAGGACCCAUGCACGUGGUUUUAAAGGUUCUGACAACUGCAUUGCUGUUACAAGCUGGUUCAGCUUUUGCUAAUUACAUUCAUUUCUCCAGUUACUCCAAAGAUGGAAUAGGGGUACCUUUUAUGGGAAGUUUGGCAGAAUUUUUUGACAUCGCUUCCCAAAUUCAAAUGUUAUACUUACUUCUGAGUCUAUGCAUGGGUUGGACAAUAGUCAGAAUGAAGAAGUCUCAGAGCAGACCUCUCCAGUGGGAUUCUACUCCUGCGUCCACUGGCAUUGCUGUCUUCAUUGUCAUAACACAGAGUAUUUUGCUACUUUGGGAACAGUUUGAAGAUACCAGUCCUCACAGCCACCAUUCACACCACAACUUAGCAGGGAUCCUUCUAAUUGUUUUAAGAAUUUGCCUAGCGUUGUCAUUAGGCUGUGGACUCUACCAGAUCAUCACAGUGGAAAGAAGUACACUCAAGAGGGAGUUCUAUAUCACUUUUGCCAAAGGCUGUAUCUUGUGGUUUUUAUGCCAUCCAGGUCUUGCAUGCAUUUCUGUCAUUUUUAAUGACUACCAAAGAGAUAAGGUCAUUACAGUAGGCGUUAUCCUUUGCCAGUCUGUUUCCAUGGUGAUUCUCUACAGACUCUUUCUAUCCCACAGUCUUUACUGGGAAGUUUCUUCACUUUCCUCAGUAACACUGCCACUGACCAUAUCAUCUGGACACAAAAGUCGCCCUCACUUCUGAUACUUGAUUUUCUUUAGAGGAAAAGUAAAUUUAUUUACCAGAGUGCAAUAAGGAUUCAAAUACAGUGACUUUUCUUUUCAUACUUUUGGUAUGAAAAAUUGAACAGAGAAAGCAGAGCAUGUUAUUUAUACAACUGCAUUUAAGCAGUACCAAACUGAAAAAAAGGUAAUAAAUGUUUUGAGAUAUACUUAAUAAACUUUCAAGAAAGAGUGUUGUUAUAAGAUCAUUUAUGCAAUUUCCAUAUGGAAAUAAAGAUGAAAAGAAUUAUAUGAUAUUUUGGUAAGAGAUUCACCACUUAUAAUGCCUCAUCUUAUAUCAAUAAUUAACUCAGGUUUGAUAGUCUUAUAAAAAGUAAUCAGUUAAAUGAUUACUUGCUUAUACAUGUCUAAACCAAGUCCAGUUAUGAAAUCAGUGUAAUACACUGGUUAAAAACUGCUUCUUUUUAUGCUUUAAGGAAAAUGCAUUUUGUAUUGGAGUUAAAGAAAUUGAAAAUGAAGUUACUUCAGAAAAUCAGUAUAAAAUAUAUUCAUAGUUAAGUGAAUAAGCUUUUGUUUAUUUGUGGGUGGGGUUAUUCUCCAUUUUCUUCUAUUCUAGCUCUAGCUAGGUUUUAGCUUGAUUAGCAAAGCGUUUUUGACAGAUAGUUUAUGAAAAACUUAGAUACAUUGCAUUGGUUUUACAAAGGGUUUUAAAAUCUGAGCACUUAGGUGAAGGGACAAGCUGGUUUACAUGUUGAAAAAGAAAGAAGGAGAAAGUACUCUGUGAUAUGGUACUAAAGUUUUAAUCCUGAUAUAAUUCAUUUCUCUUACACUGAAUCCCCAAUCAUAAUUAAGCUGUAUACACAGAUUAAAUUAACAGAAGCAUUUCACAUAAAUGCUGGUUUCAGUCAUCAACUACCCAUGAAUUCCUGCCCAAGGAUACUUAAUCAGGAUUAAAUUUUCUAUGAAUAAUUGAAAAACAAAAUACUCACUGGAUUUGUUAUAAUCCGUGUUGGCACUGGAUUCUAAGUAGUUGCCAUCUUGAAUCCUUUGUAAUAAAGCCAUAUUUUUGCAUAUGAUGCCCCAGUAUUGAGUAUACACUCUAUCAAGUGCCUGUUUAAAAAAUUGCUAAAUUGUUGUUACUUGCUGUAUAAAAUGACUAUGCCCAUUAAUAGUCACUGAUCAGAAAUUAUUCUGUUUCUGUUUUUCAAGUCAUUCAGGCCUUUACAUUUUUACCUCUGGCUUAUUUUAAAGAUAUUUUUUAAUCUACUUGCAAAGGUAUUAUGUUGUUAAGCAAGAGAUGGUGCACUGAUCUGGUAAUUAACCUUUUUAAAAUUAAACAGUUAAAGCAACAUAGCACAACUUAAAAAUCUCUUCGAUGUUGUCUGUUUUUCCCUUACAUCUAGUCUCAUUGGAAAUGAAUAGUAUUCUGCUUCAUUUUAAAGGGAAAAUACGUGUGUUCAUGACUAGCAAAAUGGCAGAAUGACAGAGUUCAGCCUGCUCAUUAAAUCCUCAACAGUUCUUUGUAAAUUAUUUAAUAAAUGAGAGCUACA